AAGCGUUUCUCUAGGACUUCAUUCGUUUGGAACAUAAAAUCUCUACAGCUCGACAUUUAACGAAAUGCGCGUGCGGUGGGUUUAAAACCCUAAACGCAGGAUAAAACUUGUGUUCUCAGACAGGCGAGCAUGAGAUCACUGCAGCUUCGCUUCACUGGAUUUUUCCAGUAGGGGACAAUCUCUGAACACACACCCAUUCGGGAGAUGCUCGUUUUCCAGCCUGACAGCGUGGCUCUCUAAGGCUCUGACAAUGGCGAGGAAAUCUGCCAACGGAGACCUCUCUCGCUCUCCGUCGCAGGAGAAGAAAAAGCCGAAGGUGGGCUUUGUGGGAGUGGAUGCCAGCGGCGCGGAGACGAGCCGGGACGGCGCGCUGCUGAUCGGGAGCGGAGAGAGCGCGCGCCGGAGCUCCAGCGGCAGGAUGGGUCUAUAUAGAGCGCGAGCGAGCUUGGGCGGCGCGCGCGGGACUCACCGACGCAGCGCGGGCUACCGGAGACUGCAAAAUUUCCUCUACAACGCACUGGAAAGACCGCGAGGCUGGGCGUUUGUCUACCACGCUUACGUCUUCCUGCUGGUGUUUUCCUGCCUUGUCCUAUCCGUGUUUGCUACCAUAAAAGAGUUCAAAAACAGUUCAGAGAAUGCCUUGUACAUUCUGGAAAUUGUGACCAUCGUGGUGUUUGGUGUAGAGUAUAUAGUGAGGCUCUGGGCUGCUGGUUGCUGCUGUCGCUACAGAGGAUGGAAAGGGAGGCUGAAAUUCGCUCGCAAGCCGUUCUGUGUUAUAGACAUCAUGGUGCUGUUUGCCUCUGUGUCCGUGCUGGCUGCUGGCUCUCAGGGCAAUGUGUUUGCCACUUCGGCCAUCCGCAGUCUCCGGUUCCUGCAGAUCCUCAGGAUGCUGCGUAUGGACCGCCGGGCAGGCACAUGGAAACUCCUGGGAUCUGUGGUUUAUGCACAUAGCAAGGAGCUCAUCACUGCAUGGUAUAUUGGCUUCCUCUGUCUCAUCCUGGCCUCUUUUCUGGUGUACUCAGUAGAGAAGGAUAAUAAUGCAGCUAUGUUCGAGACCUACGCUGAUGCUCUCUGGUGGGGCCUGAUCACUUUGACCACUAUUGGUUAUGGGGACAAGGUUCCUGCCACAUGGAAUGGACGCCUGAUUGCCGCAACCUUCAGCUUGAUUGGUGUGGCUUUCUUUGCUCUGCCAGCAGGUAUUCUGGGCUCAGGCUUUGCUCUGAAGGUCCAGGAGCAGCACAGACAGAAGCAUUUUGAGAAACGCAGGAACCCUGCUGCAAGCCUGAUUCAGGCGGCUUGGAGAUUCUAUGCUACAAACCUCUCUCGAACAGACCUGCUGUCAACUUGGGAUUUUUACGAGCAGACAGUAUCUGUUCCAAUGUACAGACUGAUCCCUCCUUUUAAUCAGCUGGACCUCUUGCGCAGUCUGAAGGGCAAAUCUGGAUUCAGAAAGGACUCACAGCCUGAAGCUUCUCCCAGCCGUAAAUCGAGCAUAAAAGAGAAAGCAUUCCUCAGCCCUUCUAAGAGUGCAGGUGGAAAGGAGACAAAAUCACCUGGAGCGGAUGAGGGAGCAGAAGAAAGUCCAAGCAAAAUGCCAAAGAGCUGGAGCUUCACUGAGCGAAACCGCUCCAGACAUUCCUUUAAGAGCAAAGAGGGAAGGACCUCAGAAGUGCUGAUUGAGAUGCAGGAUGAAGACCUUGGAAUGAAGAGAUCUCCAGCAAUUGAGGGGUUGAUCAAAGCAAGUCUUCCAGAGGACUUUGGUGACGAUAGAAAUUAUGAUUUUCUCCAAGAUCUGUCUCCUGCACUGAAAGCCACCAUAAGGGGAAUCUGUAUCAUGCGUUUCCUGGUGUCUAAGAGACGGUUUAAAGAGAGCUUGAGGCCAUAUGAUGUAAUGGAUGUGAUUGAGCAGUAUUCAGCAGGCCAUCUGGACAUGCUUUCUCGCAUCAAGAACCUGCAGUCCAGGAUAGAUUUGAUUGUGGGCCCCCCACCCCCUUCGACCCCUCGCCAUAAGAAGGUGGACCAGAUAGUGGGCAAGGGAGUAUCAUCAGGGGAAAAGGAGAAACCCAAGAGUGACAUGGCUCAGGAAAAUGACCCCAGCAUGAUGGGACGAUUUUUCCGGAUGGAGAAACAGGUGGUUGCGAUGGACCGCAAACUUGACUUCUUGGUGAAUGUGUACACCACACGUAUGGGUAUUCCACGCUCUGAAACUGAGGCGUUGCUGGGCUUCAAGAUGGCUGAUCCAGCACCACCUUACCAUAGCCCAGAAGAAAAGAUUGAGAAGGUGCAGGAUGAAAAUGAAGAGAAGAAUAACCCGGAGCCCAGCCCGACUGGGACACCUGCCAAUAGUAUGUGCCGCCCAUCCACAUCCUGGAAUCAGCCGAGCGAGCAGCCACUCAAUGUUCCUCUUUGGAAUAACAGCCGUGGGGCAUCACCAGGCACUGAUGACCCAUCACUUUACCGUAUCCCACCUCCACCACCACAUGACAGCGGGGAUGGCGGACGGCAAAGGCGACACAGACACACACGACCUAAAACAGGUGUUGACAGCGACACAUCCCUCUCCAUUCCUUCAGUGGACCACGAGGAGUUAGACCGCUCAUUCAGUGGCUUCAGCAUCUCACAAGCCAAGGAGGAGGAUUUUCUUCCUCCAGUGAAUCUUGGACUGUUUGGAGGAGGAAGAGGAAUACCCUUCUGUACUCGUAUCAGACCCUACUUGGCUGAAGGGGAAUCAGACACAGACUCAGAACUUUACACACCUGGUGCUCCUUCACCUCUAUCAUUUACAGGUGAGGUGGCAUUCGGAGACAGGGGUUGGCCAGGUCUGAAGUAGAAGAAAAUGCCUAAAGGAGCCUUCAAAUUGCAACAAGAGCCUUCAGAUCUUGAGUGGAUAAUAAGAACAAUAACAUAAUCAAAGAACCCAAUGUGGAUAUUAAUGCAUGAGGACUAAAAUAACACAUUUAGAAACUAAUGAACACGAUCCACUCAUUGGACACUUGCUAUUUGGUAAUAUUACAUUGGCAAGGGAGUUACUUUAACAAAAAGAAAUGAACCUAAUUUGUGGCCUCAUAAAUCAAGACAUUUGUCUUGUUUGCAGACUUAAAAAAAAUGUUUUCAUGUAAGCAGGUAUUGGCAUGAGUUAUUCAUCUCAUGGGUCAUUUGUUUGUAAUAAUGUAGUUAUGUAUAGUUAUGAUACCAAUGCUUAUUACCAAGGCAAUAUUAGAAGCACUUUACUUAUUGAUUGUAUAUAAAUAAUAAGUAUUAUUGACAGUAUGCUUGCUUUUGCUAUUAGUUUAUUUUUCUUUUAUUUAUUUUAUACACAACAUAAGAGACUGUAACGAUGAACAAACAUAAGAAUAAUAUAUGAAUUUGUGUGCUGCGUUUAAUGGAAACUUUUUUAAAAUGAUUACCCCAACCAAAGAUACCGAGAUAGCACUUCUGUGCACGAUUUAAAUUUACACAUUUUUACUUCCAUCUGCAAAAUAUUUAUAAAUCUAGCAUGUACUUUAUUUUUAUUGAUACACUUACAGGAGUUUUUACAGGCAAAAAUGUUUACAUUUUACAUUCAAUGUUUAUUAUAAUCAUUAUCUGGAUUAACUUAGAAGCAACACCAUGCCAAUCUGUAUCGAAAUUCCAAUCUGAUCAAAGGUUACUCAUCAUUCAAGUAAACGUCUUAUAUUUAUUGUUAUAAAUACAUAAAAAAAACCUGUAAGAAAGAGUGGUUAA